AUGACGCUCGUCAGUGACCAAGUGCGUCGUCUCGAUGCAUAUCUGGACCGGCUACCAGUCCUGGCCGACCUGACGCCAGAUGACACCGCCUCGGAAUCUGCUGACCAGACGGUCGUCGCUGCUCGAGCCUUGAGCUCACCCAGGAUUGAUCAGCUUCUUCACCUUGUCCAGUCUCUAAGCAGCACUUCUUCAUCUCAGGCUCUGGUACCCAUUGACCUUGUUCGCUCGCUUCUCAUACAAUCGGAUAUUCUAACGUACCACGCCGACGGAACCACCAGCCUUCCGCCCGUCGAAGCCAAAAGUCACUACGAAAACGAAGCAGAGUGGCUUCUUGUCACAAAGGCCACGGUCCAGGUAUACGGUGCCAUUCUCAACACCCUUCUUGACCGCAUCAUUCCCCUGAGCGACGACAUUUGGUACUGGUCAGAGGUUCUUAAUUCCUACACGUACAGCAGCCUCUACACCGUCCAGACUUCGCCUCUACGGCUCUGGGUAUGGACACAAGAGGUCUACUCCGCAAGCAAGACCCGCAUCGAUUCGUUUGAUGUACGAGAUGCCUCGUCGGAUCUCGUACAGGCUGGAUCUGGCAUGACGCAGCAAUGGCGCAAAUUCUACGGCAUCGUACGAGAGAGCAUCGUUGAGCGAUCACUGGCCAACGUGCAGCGCAAGGUUCUCUCGCCUCUGGCAUACUGUCGGAACGAAGCUCUCAAGAAGCUAGCAGAGCUCCGGAAGCUGAGAGAAAUCACUGCCAGUGGACUCGGAGUUUUGAUGGACGAGGGUCUGCAGUUCGAUUCCAACGACGGCAAGGUUCAGCUGCAAGGCGCUCACCUCAAGGGCGUCGUCGAGCGCAGCGUUGCUCUGAUUGACAUGGUGCUGAAAGAGGUAUCUGCUCUGGACAUGAGCAUACACGACUUCGAGGACAAAGUCUUUGCAGGGGUUGAAGAGGAUGCCGAGUUAUCCGUUCACAUUGAGGACACAGCCACACCUGGAAGAUCAUCUGUGCUGGCACGACGGCUCCUGAACAUUAUUGACAAGGUUCUGCCCCAGCACGUGUCGACUAUGAAUCAACUAGCCGUCGCCAACGGCCGUCCGCAUGCUGUUGUACGGUACUGGAUUCCUGUUGUUGUUGGUGUCGUCUCAUCAAGCACAAUACUUCGCAUUCUUGUGAAUCGGAAAGCCGAGAUUGUGGAAUGGAUAACCGACUUUGGCGCCACGAUACGAGACUUUUGGCUCAACUGGGUUGUCGAACCUACGCAAAAAAUCGUCAAGACAAUUCGACAUGAUGCGACAAGUGAGAUUGCCAUCAUGAGCCGAGACAGUCUCAAGGCUGAUCGGGAAAGCCUGGAACGCAUGGUGGUUGAAUUCGCUCAAGAUAAUCCGCAGUUUGUUGUGGAAGGUUCUUCCAUCACCGACGCCCAUGUUAGCGAGAUUCGCCGCAAAGUCGCUGAGGGUGACGUGACACCUGUGUUGCGCGCCUACGAAAAAUACCUGAAGAAGCCUUUGGCUGGCGCCGUCACCGGCGACCUCGUGCGUUCUCUGCUGAUCCAGGUGCAAAAGUCUAAAGUUGACCUGGAAGUGGCCAUGACCGGGAUUGACUCUCUGCUGAAGAGCCAGGAGCUUGUGUUUGGUUUCGUUGGCCUCACCCCAGGCGUUCUCGUUUCCAUCGGCGUUGUCCGCUACCUCUCCGCGAUGCUGGGCGGUCGUUCGGGACGGCGGCACAGCGGCACAGCCGGUCGCGCGAUCCGCAUUCUGCGCAACAUUGACCGCAUCCUGUCCGACGCCAGCCCUACAGACAGCAACAUGCUGUCGUACAAGGACCAUGGACUGCUUCUGUGCGAGCUUCACGUGCUGCGCAGCCUGACGACGAAGCUCCUCCCGAGAAGCGUGCAGCAGGACUUUUUGGAGGAUCUGGACGACCUGGCCAACAUCAAGGGUAUUAGCUUCCAGGCUAAGGCUCUGGCUCGAAUUCGCUGGGCCUAUGCACGAUGGCUCAGAUAG